AUUGUGUAAAGGGGACUGGGCGAUUACUGUCUAGUGUCUACUGCAUCAACAACUGCAAUAGUAUAGUCCAUAGACAAUAAUAGUCUAUACCUACUUCUAUAGCAAGUCACAAGACUAAGACUACUGUCGCUGUUGCCUGCUUUCCGUUUGUCGUUUGGGCGCUGAAAAAUAUUUUCCAAGUAUAACCGCUGCCAACGCGGUCUACUAUAUCGUGUCACCAAGAUUGAUUAGACUCUGCAGCUAUUUCGCGCUGUAGCGCAUUUCGCCGAAAGAUGCCGUAUGGCCGUCUUGUGAUUUAGCUUCAGCUCGAACAUAUAUCUGCGUCUACCCACUUCUAGGUGCCAAGCAGUUGGAUAUACUGUUCCUUAGGCACCUUUUGUGGAAGACAAGUUCGACAGCGACGCCAUGGCUGACAAACAACCUGAUGAUGUUGAAAAUGUCAAUGAAGAAGCUGUAGUAUGUUCAGAGUCAAAGGGAAAUGAAGGUGGUGGAUGGUGGGAUUCAUUAUACUCUGCAGCCAAGUCUAAAUCUGCUGAAGUGUUGGAAUCGGUUAAACGUGAUCUUGGUGAGCUAACAACAAUAGUCACUACUGAAACCAGCAAUAUUGUUUUAAACACUACCAAUGUCGUUAAAGAAACAUUACAAUUGGAAAAUCCAGAAUCUACUGCCAACACUAUGAAGAAAUCAGUAAGUUCAUUUCUGGAUCAAAUGUCGAGUGCAUUAAACCCUUUGCCUGAUGACGAAGAUGAAGCAAUAAUGAUUGUUGGCUCAGACACAGUUACUUUGUCUAGGCUACAAGCACAAAUAUAUACUUUGGCCAAUGAUCCAAAUACAUUUGUAAUGGAAAUUGAUGACCAACUUGAUAAAAGAUAUAAAGCUUGGUUGGAUUGGGUUAAAAGUGGUGAUAGUAGUUUAUUAUCUAAUGAUAAACUAAACAAGAUAUUAAAUGAAUGCACUCCAUUACGUGAAAACUAUCAGAAACUUGUGCCAGGUUCCGUUUCUCAUGCUGACUUUUGGUAUCGAUUUUUGUUUCGAAAGGCAUUGUUAGAAGAUGAAGAUGCUAAACAGCAGAGGCGAUCAGAAAAAGAAAAUCAAGAAGCCGAAAGAAUAGAUUUCAAUAAAGAGUUAACUCCGUUGUCUGAUAUAGAGUUGUCUGAAAAAGAACAAGAGGAAAUAUUAUCAUCAUAUGAUCAGGAACGAAGAGUAUCAUCAAAGUCCAACAGUCCUACAGAAGACAUUAAGAAGGAUUCAAAAUCAAAACAGGAAGAUAUUCCAUCAAAUGCUUCUUCAGUUACCACUUCGAGUUUGGACAAAGACGAAUGGGUCAAGGAUUUUGAUAUAGAAGACAUUGAACCGCCUACCACUACCAAGUGAAUUGAAUUUCCACCAAUUUAAUUCUAAUAAUGUUUAGUUUUUUUCACGCCUGUCUUUGUUGACUAGUGGGAUAUACAUUUUGAUCAUAAUAUAAUAAACAUUAUUUUUUUUUACAUAUAUUUCUAUUUAUAAAUAUUAUUAUAUUUUUAAGUUAUUUUUAUUGUUAACACAUUUUUGUUUUGUGUCAAAAAUAAAAAAGAACACUAUCGAUGUUGUAUAAUA